UGCAUCCGUACUUGAUAUAUAUUUUAAAAGAAUCAAAAGAACAACGCUAACGAAAAGAGCAACAAUUGUAAAACUCAAGUGAAGCGACAACAAACAAGAGUAGCAAUCUAAUUCUAUUGCUAAAUUGAAUUUUAAAUGCACUCCAAUAAGCUGACCUAGAAACAAAGCUAGAGACAGAGACAGAGAUAAAGAGAGCAAGAGGAAAAGAGAGAGAGAGAGAAAGACAGUGUGCUGUGCUGUGGAUAAAGACAUAAGAACAUAACGACAAUAUUUGACGAGGCCAGAAACGUAAACGAAAAUUGAAAAUUGAAAAUAAUAUGCAACAUGCACUUACAAUGUCUGAAGUAAAACAUAUGUAAAUGAAGAGCUGUUGAGUCAGUGUAUAUGUGAGUGGGCCCGUAUUUAAAAAGCCGUUAGAGUCAAGCAAAGAGCUAAACCAAUUUUACUUUGAUUGGCAGUCAAAGUUGCAAGUUCAACGAACCCACACAGUUAUGGGCAACAAGCUGCCGCUGCUGUUACUGUCACAGACAAAGACAAAGUCUAGUCACAAUCGAUAGACACGCCCAUGCCCACACGCCAAUUCCCAGCUGCGACGCCAAAGCAAAGCAAAAACAACAAAAACAAAAAAAAAAUCGAAAUUGUUUGACAAAUGGCAAGUGAAGCCGAAAAAUUUGUGGCAAGCUCGUCAAAUAACAACUGAGGCACGCCAAGGUGCGCGCAGAUAAGGAAGCAACACAAUCAACAACAACAUCAUCAACAACAACAGCCCCGAUUGGUGCAGAAAAUUUGUUUUUGUGGGAUUGCUUCAUCAUCUUAGCCUUAUUGCCACCGCGUAUUCAACGCUCUGCAUCGAGCCGUGGCCAAGCAGAAACUUAUUGCUGCCGAUACCGCUUAGAAGUGUGUGCAUUGCAUGCCACAGGUUGAGCCAGUAUCGCUGCCAAAUUGAUUGCAAACUGAACUGAUUUAGAGACACUAAUAAAAACUAAAUAGACAUCAAUCGAGCUGCUUAAAUGGCUUGAUUUGCACGUACAGCAACAUCAAAUAGUUAAACCUACACACAAUAAUACUUACAGAACACACACACAGCUGCAAAUGCGUUUUGUUGAUACCAACAUGGGAUUGAAUUGCACUUCAAGCACUUAUGGUGCUACCCUCAAACUCAAAUGUUGGUUAGCCUAUGGACUUGCACUGCUGAUUAUGCUGCCAGCCUGCCUAGGUGGACCGCAUGAAAAGCGCUUGUUGCAUGCGCUACUGGACAAUUAUAAUAGCUUGGAGCGACCUGUGGUUAAUGAAUCCGAUCCAUUGCAACUGAGCUUUGGCCUAACACUUAUGCAAAUCAUUGAUGUGGAUGAAAAGAAUCAAUUGCUUAUCACGAACAUUUGGCUUAAAUUGGAAUGGAAUGAUAUGAAUCUACGCUGGAACUCUAGCGAAUAUGGCGGUGUCAGAGAUUUGCGUAUACCACCGCAUCGAUUAUGGAAACCCGAUGUACUCAUGUAUAACAGCGCUGACGAAGGUUUUGAUGGCACCUAUGCUACCAAUGUGGUUGUCCGCAAUAACGGCAGCUGCCUUUAUGUGCCGCCAGGCAUCUUUAAGUCAACUUGCAAAAUAGACAUCACCUGGUUCCCUUUUGACGAUCAGCGCUGCGAAAUGAAGUUCGGAUCUUGGACCUACGAUGGUUUUCAGCUGGACUUGCAAUUACAAGACGAGGCUGGCGGCGAUAUAUCCAGUUUUAUCACGAAUGGAGAAUGGGAUUUGUUAGGUGUGCCCGGUAAACGUAAUGAAAUCUACUAUAAUUGCUGCCCAGAACCUUAUAUUGACAUAACAUUCGCCAUUUUGAUACGACGAAAAACUUUAUACUAUUUUUUCAAUUUGAUUGUACCGUGCGUAUUAAUCGCCUCGAUGGCAUUGUUAGGGUUUACACUGCCACCAGAUUCUGGUGAGAAGCUAUCGCUUGGCGUUACCAUUUUGCUGUCGCUCACUGUCUUCCUGAAUAUGGUAGCGGAAACAAUGCCAGCUACAUCCGAUGCUGUGCCGCUGCUUGGAACUUAUUUCAAUUGCAUUAUGUUUAUGGUGGCCUCAUCAGUUGUGUCAACCAUACUUAUCCUCAAUUAUCAUCAUAGAAAUCCAGAUACGCAUGAAAUGAGUGAAUGGAUAAGAGUAAUAUUCCUUUAUUGGUUACCUUGCAUAUUGCGCAUGCAAAGACCCGGACAGGUUGGCUAUGAAUGCCCGCCGCCCCCCUCAUCGUCGAGUUCCUCAAACGCUGGCGAUAAAAAGCAACAAAUCCAAAAUGUUGAACUCAAAGAAAGAUCCUCAAAAUCUCUACUCGCUAAUGUGCUUGACAUCGAUGAUGACUUUCGUUGCAAUCAUCGUUGCGCCAGUGCCACAUUGCCCCACCAGCCAACUUACUACAGAACGAUGUUCAGGCAAGGCGACGAUGGCAGCGUUGGUCCAGUUGGUCCCGUUGGACCCGUUGCUGCUGUUGCCGAAGCGCGCAUGCAUGAGGCCAUAUCGCACACCUGUCUGAGCUCAUCAGCUGAAUACGAAUUGGCGCUGAUACUUAAGGAGCUGCGCUGGAUAACCGAUCAACUCAAAAAGGAAGAUGAGACAGGUGAUAUAACCCGAGAUUGGAAAUUUGCAGCCAUGGUCGUGGAUCGUUUGUGCCUUAUUAUUUUCACGCUAUUCACCAUCAUAGCCACGUUGGCAGUAUUAUUCUCAGCGCCACAUUUUAUCUUCCCAUAAAUGCUGCAACUGUUUCAACUACAACUCACUUCGGCCCUUAUAACUUAAGUCGUGCAAAUAUUAUUUCAACUUGUGUAAAAUAGUUUUAGACAGUAAACUAUUUACAACAAAACAUUACAUUGAUAAUAAUAAUGUAGGAACGAUAAAAGAAUUCAAAGCUUUUUAAU